AUGCCGCUCUGUCUCACUUUCAUCGACUUGAAGAAGGCCUUUGACUCAGUUGAGACGGAAGCGGUCGUGGAAGCCUUGGACAACCAAGGCGUUCCCACUCAGUACAUAAAGGUGCUUCGAGAGUUGUACAAGGGGGUUCGACAGGGUGAUACAAUCUCACCCAAAAUAUUCACAGCCACCCUCGAGAACGCAAUGCGAAAGUUGGAAUGGGACGACAUGGGAGUGAAGAUCGAUGGUCGGCAGCUACACCAUUUGCGCUUUGCUGAUGACAUCGUACUGAUAACACCUAGCAUCAGCCAAGCGGAACGAAUGCUGACCGAAUUCGCCGAAACAUGUGGAUGCAUCGGUCUUGAGCUGAAUCUUCAAAAGACGAUGUUCAUGCGGAACGGAUGGAUCUCGGAUGCCCCAUUCACGCUCAACGGAACGAACAUAUCCGAAUGCACCAGCUACGUCUAUCUGGGUCGGGAAUUGAACAUGAUGAACGACCUGGCCCCCGAGCUGGGCAGGAGGAGAAGAGCGGCUUGGGGAGCGUACAAGAGCAUCGAGGACGUAGUGAAGAAGACCAAGAACACCCGGCUCCGUGCUCACCUCUUCAACACCACCGUACUUCCUGCUUUGACCUAUGCCUCAGAAACCUGGGCACUUCGCAAGCAGGAAGAAAACGCGGUGAGCGUUAUUGAACGCGCAAUUGAGAGAGUGAUGCUAGGAGUAUCCCGUUCCAAGCAAGUGAGAGACGGGAUUCGAAGUUCUCUCCUACGUCAGCGAUCGAAGAUCAGAGACGCCGCCGCGUUUGCCAAGGAAAGUAAAAUAAGGAAGACCGCCGACCCGAUGGUCAGAUUUCUUCACGAAGUCCUUCAAAGAAAAUUACGAUGCUCUUCGUGUCCCACGCGAAAGGAGGAACCACUGGGCUACUCUGGCAUGCGACCGGGACAAAUGGAAGAAUUACUGGCGCCCGCUCGACCGGUUCGAAGACCAACGGGAGUCAAGGUGAUCAAGGAUGAUCCCGGAUGUGAGGUGGAUUUGCUUGGAAAAAAUGGUAUCAUAACGGCCACAUACAGCUGCAACUCAGAGGAUUUUUGCAACACAGUCUUUAAUAUGAUGGUUGACCUAGAAAAAAUCAGCUACGUGCAAGAAAAGCAACUACAGGCAACUGCCAUUCUUCGCGCAAUUCGUAGAGCACAAGCAGAACCGGUUAAUCGUGACUUUCAGCGGCAAAAAAGAACACCCUUGUAUAUUGUUGCUGUACUCAUGACUUCACUAAUGACGAAGAUGAUUACCAAAUGGCGACCAUGGAUGGGCAUUGGAAGCGACACGUUGGCCGACAAAAAACAAGAUGGAGAGACCCGUUGGCAUUUGGAUUUGGAGAGGCAUGAAUGCAAGCCGUCACCACUGGUGUGA